AUGUAUGCACAACUUGUGAUUGCUUCAACAGCUUUAUGCCUUGUCACAUACUUUAUCCUCUACCCUAUAUUCCAAUAUCUCCGCGAUGCCAAGGGUCUUCGUCGCUACCCCAACUUCCACCCCUUGGCAGGAGUAACAAACCUGCCCUUUGUGCGAGAAGCUGCUAGGGGUUUCCGCUCAAAGACUCUCUAUGAGAUGCACAAGACCCAUCCUGUAAUCCGCACCGGCCCCAACUCUCUCUCCUACGGUUCCGUUCAGGCCAUCAAGGACAUCUACGGCCACGGCACGAAAUGCACAAAGGGAGAGUUCUACGAGACGCUUGCUGGAACGCAUUACCACCUUGCCGAUGUUGUCGACAAGGCCGAUCAUGCUCGGAAGCGUCGUGCCCUUUCUGCUGCAUACGCUCUGAAGAAUCUCGAGAACUGGGAGUUCAAAGUUGCUGAUAAGGCGGAGCGCUUCAUCCGUGCUGCUGACGCUGCUUGCACUCUGCCUCUCAAAGAGGGUUUCGCUCGACCUGACCCUCAAGACCUCAAAUUCGACUACCGCGCUUUCACAAACUUCUUUACCCUUGAUGCGAUCGCUGAUAUUGGCCUCAGCGAGCGUCUUGGAUUUUUGGAUCAGGGCCAUGAUCUUGUUAAGGGUGAGCGCAUGGAUGGGAGUACCCAUCAUGUCAACUUCCGCGAGUGCCUUCACUCGACAGCUCGUGCCCAGUCUAUUCUUGCAUGGACGGAGAAAUGGUAUAAUGCCAAUGUCGAGCUGUCAAAGUUUUUCUCAAAGGAUUUCCGCAAGUGGUGGAAUCUGAACGAGGGUUGGAACGAUAUCGUCUAUCAUCGCGCAACUCAACGCCUUGAACGGUAUAAUACGGGCGAGAGGCUACCCGACUUCUUCCAAGCUCUGAUGGACCACAGUGAAGCCAACCCUCCUGGUCUAGAAUGGGGAGAAAUCGUCGCCGAAGUUUCGAUAAUGAUGAAUGCUGGAUCGGACACUACGGCUAUUGCCAUGAACAAUGUCAUGUACUGGCUCCUCAAGAAUCCAUCUUGUAUGGCCAAGCUUCGCCAGGAAGUCGACUCUGUCAUGGAUCCAGAGGAAGUCGUCGCUCCAUACGACAAAGUCAAGCAUCUCCCCUAUCUUCGUGCCUGUCUAGACGAGUCCCUACGCAUCACUCCACCCACCACCUUCGGUCUCCCUCGCCGCACACCACCUGAAGGCUGGAAUAUAAUGGGUGAUUAUAUUCCUGGUGAUACAACUGUGUCUAUCUCGGCAUACGUUGCGCAUCGAGACCCGCACAUCUUCCCUGAUCCAGAGUCAUACGUCCCGGAUCGCUGGUUAGGAGAGACGGGUAAGGACUUGCAGUCGUACUUCAUCUCGUUCAGCACUGGGGCUCGGGGUUGUAUCGGGAGGAAUAUUAGUUAUCUGGAACAAACUGUACUACUGGCUAGCGUAGUGCAUCGGUAUGAGUGGGCGUUGCCUUAUGCUGAGUGGGAGCCUUCGAGGACUGAGGCUAUGAACCUUGCACCGGGUCCUAUGCCUCUCAAGGUUUGGCGUCGGGAUUUGGGAGGGGAUGAGAAUGAUGAAAAGCACGGUUAG